GUAAAAUGGAAACUGAAAGUAAAAGUUUUGCAGUGCAAGUGAAACUGGAUUUACUCUGAAACUUCUACUGGGAAAUAUGUCUAGUAAAAUGGACGCAGGUGACACUCAGAAGCUCUCAGAUCUGAGGAUUGUGUUAAUGGGGUAUAAAAGAUCUGGUAAGAGUUCAUCAGGAAACAUCAUCCUGAACAGAGAGGAGUUUGACUUGAAGAGAUCUGCUCAGUGUGUGAAGAGACAGAGAGAAGUAGCAGACAGACACAUCACUGUGAUUGAAGCUCCUGGAUGGUGGGGAACACCUGUAGAUCAAAGCCCUGACUUACUGAAAGAAGAGAUUUUACUCAGUGUGUCUCUGUGUCCUCCAGGACCUCACAUUGUUCUUCUGGUUAUAAGUGUGGAUGAUAGAUUUAAAGAGGAUGAUAGAAAAGUAUUUCAGGGUUAUGUUGAUCUUCUGGGUGAGAGAGUCUGGAGUCACACUAUAGUGCUCUUCACUUAUGGAGACUUUCUAGGAGAGACAACUAUAGAGAAACACAUUGAGAGUGAAGGUGAGGAUCUCCAGUGGCUGGUGGAGAAAUGUGGGAACAGAUAUCAUCUUCUCAACAAUAACAACAGAAGUGAUGAGACUCAGAUCAAAGUUCUGCUGGAGAAGAUAGAGGAGACAGUGACAGAAAACAACGGCUGCUGUUUUGAAUCGGACAGAAAGAGAGCAGAAGGAGAGAGAGCAAGAUCACAAAUUAUGGCUGAAGAUGAGAUGUCUGAUACAGUCUCUGAGAUGAGUUCUGCUUACGGUUCUUUCAGAUCUCUAUCAGUGAGAGGAGAUGAGAUGUCUGAAACGGUCUCUGUGAUGACUUCUGGUUUUGGUUCAUCCAUAUCACUUGCUGCAUCAACAUGCUCUGAAGACAGAUUUAUCAGCUUUACUGAUGGAUCAUCACACUCCACUUCUGAGCCUGAGGAACAUUUAGGAACCAAAAGAACAAAGAACCCAGCCAGGAUCUUAACUUUAAGCGGCAAACAGAAUAAAUGAGAAGAGAAAAAAAGAUACUGUAAUGCUGUUAUUCAUAAAAGAAGUAACACAUAAAAUGAAUUAAAUAAAUUGUCCCUGACUUAACAUAAAUUAUGUAAUAAAGAUUUAAUCCAUCCAUGAAAUUGAAACUAAUCUACUUCCAUCAUGUUUCAGUUUAACUGAUACAGAAAACUAACAUCAUUGAACCCCAGUAGAGCAGGUAGCAAAUAGUAACAGUUUAAACAGUGUAUGUCCUGCCAUUUAAACAGAUGGGUGAAGUGCAGAGCAACCAAAUUGAGUCUCAAGACAAGCUGGAAUGUUAAUAACCUUUAUAGUUUUAUAAACAUAUAAGAGUCUUAAUGUCAUAUUGAUAUUUAAUUUCUGGUCUCAGUUACCAAAGCAUUACUUUAUAAAGUUAAUACAAAUCAAACUUGAGACAAAACUUUUAGAGAAGCAUUCGCUAAAAACUCCAGCACUACAGACAGCAUAACUACAGUAUGUACAUAUAUAACUUAAUAAAUAUACAGCAGAAGCAAUUUAAGCUUUUUAAAAUUGUAUUUUAUAUGAGACAACUGGUAAUGAGAAGUGACACUGUGCUUGUAAACCAGUACAACAGUUAAGCAUUAUUUUGUGAGUGUUUUGUUUGUUUGUUUGUUUGAAACUAAUAUA